UCACUCACACUCACUCACACUCGUGUCACACUCACUCACACUCUCUCACUCACACUCUCUCACACUCGUCACACUCCGUCUCUCUCUCUCUCUCCCUUCCUCCCAGCUCGCUCUCUCGACACGAUUAUCAUUCGCAAGGCGCCGUCUUCCUCUGCCAGAAAGCCGACGGACGGACGCACGGACGCACGGACGCACGGACAGAUCGCCGGAGAUCGCCGGGAAGCACCGGGGGAGUGAACAGCGACAUCCCCCCCCCCCACCUCUCGCUUGGCCCGAGCGGAAAUCUGUCCACCCAUUGCCAGCUCGCCCGUCCAACGUCCGCCCAACGUCCGCCCAACGCCCACGCGCCGCGCCGGCGUCACCGAAGCCGGCCGCGUGAGAUGCCCCGCGCCGCCCGGCAGCUCACCGAGUUCCCGUCGGAUCGCCGCUUCUGAUCGGCGGGCGGGCGGGCGAGCGAAGCGGCCGAGGAGAGCUUGGGAGAGUGGAGGAGCGAGGGGGCAAGGAUUGGCAGCCACCCACCGCCGCCACCACCACCACCACCACCAACCCCCCCCCCCCCUCCCCGUCAAGAGCACGAGGCGAGCACGGAGUCUGACUUCCACCCCCGUCUUCCUCACGCGUCUCCUCCUCCUUUCUCCGGAGGCAUGGCGGUGCGCGACGCUCGCUGGCUCACGCUGGAGGUGUGCCGUGAGUUCUCCCGCGGCUCGUGCUCGCGCGACGCCUCCGAGUGCCGCUACGCUCACCCCCCCGAGGGCGUCACCGUGGACAACGGCCGCGUCGUCGCCUGCUUCGACUCGCUCAAGGACCGCUGCACACGCGACAGCUGCAAGUACCUGCACCCGCCGCAGCACCUGAAGGCGCAGCUGGAGAUCAACGGGCGCAACAACCUGCUGCAGCAGAAGAGCGCCGCACUGCUAGCGCAGCACAUGCACAUGGCGAGCACGGGCGCCACCUGCACCCUGCAGGCGCCACAGGUGCACCCCAUGAUCUAUCCGAUGCUGCAGGGUUUCCCACCGACUCACGCGGGGGGCAUCUUCGCCCAGGGCCACUCCCCCUACGCCCCCUUCUCCCCGUACCUACCCAUGCUGUCGCAGGCCCCCAUGGGGCUCUUCACGGACCUCUCCCUCGGGGGCCACCUCCUCUUCCCGGGGGGCUCCUACCUCCCACAGCUGGCGCUGGGGGACCCCACCGGCGGCGUCAUGGCCCCCUCCAUGGCCCCCUCCGCGGCCAGCAUGGCGGGGGCCAUGGCCGCGGCUGCCGCGGCGGCCGCCGUGUCACAGAAGGCCUUCCGCGGCGAGCCGACUGCCCAAUCACUGAAGCGACCGCUCCAGGCAACCUUUGACCCGUCGGGCCCUCUGUCUCCGUCAGCCAAGCGCCCUGCUCUGGACGACUCGGUGUGGGGCUCGCCGGGCCCCGCCCCGCCCCCUGGCCCCCCACCGCAGGGGCCCCCUCCCCCCGCUCCCCCCCACACCGCCCACACGCUGCUGGGCCCGGGCCUCCUCCACUACCAGGGCGGGGGGCCACACGCCACCGCAGCCUUCCUGCAGGGGGUUCCCAUGAUGCCCGGCACGGUCGUCACGGCGACGAACCCCGGCCUGCAGUUCGUCACUUCGGCCGCAUCUGCCGGACAGAUCCUCCUGAAAUGACGCUGAGCGAGGAGGAGGUGAAACUUCGCUCCGGCCGGUGGGUGGCGGGCACGGUGGGGGGGGGGGGGGGGAACGACGCAGAAGCUGGGGGGUGGGGGGCAGUGUGGGAGGGGCCGCUGGGGGGUGGCGGCCACGGAACGGAACUCCCUCCACCAUCGACUCGCCUCCCCCCCCCCCCCACUCCUCGCUCCUCACCAAUUUCCCCCCUCCGAGCCACCCUUCCUCCCCCCUCCUCCCCUCCUCCCCGGAGGCAGCAGCAGCAGCAGCAGCGAGUCAUCAGUUUGACUCCCCCGGCCUCAAGGCGACAACGGUGAGAAGAAUUUUUGCGGGAAGAGUCUGCGAGGACGGUGAAGGAAGGAGGGAGGGAGGAAGGAGGGAGGAGAUGGAGGAGGGAGGGAGGAGGAAAUGCCGGAAGACGUGGAUGAAGUUUGGCGAGGCUCCCGCUUACCCCCUCCCCCCCCACAGCACUCAAACCGUCUGCCUCGGGGGCGGACUUUAAAGACCCCCCAUGACGCCGUUUCGCAAGGAGGCGGUGCCGCAGUCCAAAUGUAAAAAAACUUAAAUAAAAAAAAAUAUUCCGCCAGAUAAAUUAAAAGUUUUAGAGAGAGAGAGAGAGCGGAAACGCGUUAAUAUAAGUUAAGAAGCGGUGCGGCGUUCAUCUUCGUCAUCCGUGGAAAUUCCACGUUAUUAUGUCGGGGCCCAGUAUGUCCGUGCGACGACGGCGGUGAUUAUGUUUGAGAUGAGCUGAUUUGGCCUCCAACCCCCCACCUCGGCCUGGGAAUUGAACUCGUGACCCUUUAGGACCGGCGUCCGAGGACCUCGCGUCGUCACGGUAACCGGCGCCAGCUGGGGGGGUUGGAGGGUGUGGAGUGGGGGGCGGGGGGGGGGCCUUGAGGCUGCGGUGACGUGGAAGGACGCCGGUCGGAGCAUCGGCAGUGGGCCUUUCUCGUCAGAGCGUCGCGAGUGAUAGAGGUCAUCCUGGGCGGCUCCGUUAGCCCGCGGCUCCGCUCACUCACUCGCUUGCUCGCUCGCUCCGGAUCCACGCGGAUUUUGAACCAAAACGGAACGGCUUCCCCCUUCCCAGCUGUGCCAGACAGCAGGAGGUGCCAUCAUCGAUGGCAGCCGUAGCAUCGUCAGCAGUAGCAGCAGCAGCACCAUCAGCAUCAUUAGCAGCAGCGUCAGCAGCAGUAUUGGUAACAUCAACGGCAGCGGCAUCAGCAGCAGUAGCAGCAAACGGCGCUAUCGUCAUCAGCAGCACCAUCGUCAUCAGCAGCAUCGUCAUCAGCAGCGUCAUCAGCAGCAGCAGCAGCAUCAGCAGCAGCAUCAGCAGCAUCAUCAGCAGCAGCAACAGCCAACAGGAAGUAGUCACUAACCAAAAUGGGCGGCGAGUUGCAUUAUGGGAAGAAAGAAAAUGUUUGAGCCGUUCGUUCGGUUUUUUUUUCCUUUAAAAAAAUGAAUUUUAACCUUCAGUUUUUGUUUUGAUUAAAUGUCUCCGACGGCCAGGCAUGAACGUAUAUAUAUUUUAAACGUUUUCAAUUAUAAUUAUUGUUGUCACCGUCGUUUAGUAACGUUCAGUAGUUUGCGUGUAGUCGAAUGACUGUCUUUAAGAAAUCCCGGCCGCCCCCAUCCCUCUUUUAAAACGCGGGGGCUGACGAGGGGGGUUUGGGGACGGUGGCAGACG